AUGGUUGAAGAAUCAGAGACACCAGAUUACUAUGAAUUCUAUGACUAUGACAAUGAGAAUGACACCGAAGAGUCUUGCCCAUCUCAGGACAUGCCUCAAGCCAACUGGAUCCUCCCGAUACUCUACUCUGUUUUUUUCAUAGUUGGAUUUAUUGGGAAUGUGGUGGUGAUGAUUGUUUUGUUCAAGAGGAGCUCACGAAGGGCAGACACCUUUAUUCUCAACCUUGCAGUUUCUGAUUUUAUUUUUGUUCUGACAUUGCCUAUGUGGUCAUCCUCCCUGGCACUGGGUGGAUAUUGGCCAUUCGGCAUUGACCUUUGCCGUGCCAGUGGUUUCAUUAUUGCGGUUUCUAGAUGUGCCAGCUCCAUGCUCAUGGCUGUCAUGAGUGUGGAUCGCUACCUUGCAGUCAGGAAGGGACAGAAAGUUCAUCCACUUCGCGUUCAUACCUGCUCGUUUGUAACCUGUUGCACAAUUUGGGCUUUCUCAAUCCUCACUGGUGUUCCAACACUUAUUUACCGCCGCAUUGACAACAUUACUCUGGGCUGCGUAGAGUAUUCGGAGUCACCAGUCUACGCAGGUCUAAAGUUAUCUACUGUUAUCAUCACAUUUGUUCUGCCCUUUCUGAUUGUUGUCUUCUGCUACUGCAGCAUGGCCAAGUAUCUGUGGAGCUACUUCGGAGGAAAGAAAGACACCGCAAACGGGAUGAUGAAACGGCGAUCCCGGCACAGCUGGCUGCGCAUUGUCUUUUGCGUAGUUGCCGCAUAUUCCCUCUCAUGGUUCCCUUUUACCAUUCUCAAUACUGUUAAAUUAGUGAGCAACCUGGGCAUAGAUCUGCCCUGCCACCUCUGGACUGCUACAGAACAAGCUCUAACUGCCGCAGCUGCCCUGGCCUUUGCCAACAGCUGCACCAACCCCCUGAUCUACACUUUUCUAGAUGCUGGUUUUCGACGAAGAGCAAGACAAAUUCUGCCGUGGUUGCUUUCAAACUGCUGCACUUUUAAACAACUUUCUAUUCGAGGUUGGAGUGUCUCGACUACUCUCAGAAGCAUGGAAAGCACCAGCUAUACAGACAGUGUAGGACGGCAGUCGGCAUAA